AUGGAUUUGAUGCAAAUGGAUAAGCGUUUGGAUUCGACGGAGCAAGUGGUUGAAGAAAUCAUGAGAAUUCACAGAUCUUUGCCACCGAGACCAGGAAUCGACGAGGUUGAAGCUGCGAUGUCUCUGAUACAGAACGUCGAGAAAGAAGAUCAAGCUUGCUUAGAAGCCAUUGCUAAGCAGAGGAAGAGCUCCGAGGUUCCCGGUGAGCUCUUCACGGUGCUGCAGGAAAUGAAGAAGGGUCUCGUUCGAUUCCGCAGCAAAGAACAGAAAAGAGAAGCCGAGAAACUUCUCGAUCUGGAAGCUGUUCACACUUUGUUCGACGAUUUCAUCCAGAGAGCUUCUAAUUGCGUUGCUUCGCCGUCUUCCACUUCCUCUAACGGCUCUGCUCCGUCUCGUCCUCCCCAGGCUCCGGCAAUUCGUUCCGAUUCUCCGUCGAGCUUGUAUUUCUCCGAGAAACCCCCUGUUCGACCCAAGGAGAUGGUUUCCAGAGACGAUAGCUUCGUGACGAAAGCUAAGCCUUCUCUCUACAACGACGGUUUUGUAGCUCCUCCUCGAAAACCCCAGAUUGUCGAUUCAACGCUUACCACCGGAAAAUUCUCCAGUGAGUUAACCCUUCUUCAUCUUCUUCUUCCUCUCAAUUCAAUUGAUUCAAAAGCAAUAGGCAAUGAUGGAGAGAAGCUGAGUUUGAUAAAACUUGCUAGUUUGAUUGAGGUAUCAGCCAAGAAAGCUACUCAAGAGCUGAAUCUACAGAACAAGCUAACGGAACAAGUCGAGUGGCUUCCAGACUCCAUUGGCAAGCUAUCGAGUCUAACCUCGCUUGAUCUGUCUGAGAAUCACAUUGUGGUAUUGCCAAACACCAUAGGAGGACUCUCUUCCUUGACAAAGCUCGACUUGGGUUCCAACAGAAUCGGUCAGCUCCCUGAGUGUAUCGGAGAGUUGUUGAACUUGGUUUACCUCAACGUCAGUGGAAACCAGUUAUCAUCUCUGCCUUCAGCGUUUAGCAGACUGUUGCGGCUCGAGGAGCUUGAUCUGAGCUGCAACAACCUACCGAUUCUCCCUGAAUCCAUCGGCUCUCUUGUGAGCCUAAAGAAGCUCGACGUGGAGACAAAUGAUAUCGAGGAGAUACCGUAUUCGAUCGGUGGGUGUUCCUCGCUGAAAGAGCUCCGUGCCGAUUACAACAAACUCAAGGCUCUCCCUGAAGCUAUCGGGAAGAUAACUACGCUGGAGAUCUUGUCCGUGCGCUACAAUAACAUCAGGCAGUUACCAACGACCAUGUCUUCUUUAGCCAACCUCAAGGAGCUUGACGUGAGUUUCAACGAGCUCGAGUCUGUGCCGGAGAGCUUGUGUUUCGCCACUACGCUCGUGAAGCUGAACGUUGGGAACAAUUUCGCUGAUAUGAUAUCACUCCCGAGGUCAAUAGGCAACCUUGAGAUGCUUGAAGAGCUUGAUAUAAGCAAUAACCAGAUCCGUGUGCUUCCAGACUCUUUCAAAAUGCUUACAAAGUUGCGAGUUCUCCGUGCUCAGGAGAAUCCACUACAAGUUCCUCCCCGGGAUAUAGCCGAAAAGGGCCCUCAGGCCGUUGUUCAAUACAUGAAUGAUCUUGUGGAGAUGAGAAACGCGAAAUCUCUAAUGGUUAAGCCGAAGAAGAGCUGGGUUCAGAUGUGCUUCUUCUCCAAGUCCAACAAGAGAAAACAGAGCAGCAUGGAGAUUGUCUAAAAAAACUGCUGAUAAUAAUGUCUUUGACCCUUAAUCAGGUAAUUCUGUUAAUGCUGUUGACAGCACAAGUGACAGACAAAUCCAGCUAUCAUUACAGGAUAAUCCAGGCAUUGCUGCUCCCAAGUACUGUAGAGAUGUUUCACUAUUCAUUAUUUGUAUGUUUGUUUGUUUCUUCGCUGUAUCACAUGUAUCAAUGUGCAUAACAUUGUUUCACUCAUGUCUCUCCACACACCUGUUCUUGCUUUCCCCGGUUAGGACUGAACCGCAGAGCCCGUCCCAAAUCAGAACUGAACCAUGUCCCUCUUGUAGAUUGAGGUUUUGUUUUAGGCUUUUACCACUUGUGUUUACAGUGUAUCGUCUCUUGUUUUGUUGCUGUAGUUAGAAACCCAAAUGGCACUCACACCUUAGAAAUGCAUAUCUGUGUGUGGAUAGAGAGAUGUGAUGUGAUGGCUUUUGAUGUUAGAAGGAGAGACAUGACAUGAGUUGGCUAUGAACGUGGCUUUGUCUAGAGACCAAACUGAUUGAUUAAUAACACCCUUUUGUAUUUAAUGCUUCUUUUUUUUUGUUUUUGUUUUGUCGAUGUGUUAAUCUUCACGAGAGGAGUUCUUACUUUAAUUAAUACGCCCUUUGUACA